AGGCGAAGUCAGUGCAGUACGCAGAAAAAAUGCCCAGUGAAGGUUGUUUUUUUUUCUUUAGCUUCAGUUCCUCGUGUGGUCGUGUUGCUCGACACAGUGAAGGUUUUCGUUUCUUCUUUCAAUUGCCUUUCGCAACAUGAUAAUAUCGGAAAGAACCAACAGCAGUUUUUCCGUUUUCAUUGAGCAUGUAAGGAAAAGGCCUUUCUCUGUGUCUUGCUAAGUCUAAGGCAAUCUGAUUGUAGUGAUCUUUAUCUUCAAGUGCUACUUCUACAGUUUUGUGUAAGUCUUGUUGACACUUUGCAAAGGAAGUUUUCACCAUGCAGGGUACUUCGAGUUCGUCGAGCAGCUUCCUUGUGAACGCGUCCGUUCAGGCGGAGGCGUAUGGCCUGCACAGAUGGGACUGGAAUUUCAACUGGAACAAGUUCGGCACUAAAUUUUUUCUAGAAAAAUGAAAAAAAAAUGAAAAUAAUUCAUGCUUGGCCAGCAUCAUGCGGAUUGCGAUGUGUUGUGGACUUCAUAUGAAAGCGUGCCACACUAAACCCAAACGCAAAUCUAAGAUCACCUAUCGCAACAGUUUGAAGCACCACUUGUUCCAGUUGAAAUCGCUCAUUCCAGCUGAGCACGGCAUAAUCGGGAGAAAAAGUUUUUGUUCGACUACCAGAAGACCGGCGUCGAAUGGUUCCAAGGUCUAUACGCCAAGCGCAAGGGCGGCAUUCUCGGCGACGAGAUGGGUUUGGGCAAAACAAUUCAGGCCUUGUCCUUUCUGGAGCACACUCCCGACAUCGAAGUUGCUCUGGUGUUGUGUCCUCUGUCGCUAUUGGACGUGUGGGAGCGCGAGGCGAAAACCUGGGCCCCGCGUUUCAAGACCAUCUGUCUCCGCUUGCAGAAACAAUUCCGCAACAAGAAGCGGUCCAACUUGGCGCUCCAGAAAAAGUUUUCCUCCGCGCUGUUUCGCCAGUAUAUUUCCGUCCCCGCGGUCGGUGUAGUUGUACCGAGCGGAAGCAGCGGCAGUUCCUCAUCAAGCGCCACUAGCACGGCGGUGGGUGGGUCAUUAUCUUCGUCGAGCAGCAGCGGCAGUGCAAGUGCGUCCUCGUCUUCCUCUAGUAGUGCGGCGAUCGCGGUAGUCGCAGAACCGGACGUAAGUUCUUGGACGAGCAGCGCCGCUAGCGGUCCUCGCGCGAAUAAAAAAUCCGCUCUGUUGUUCGUUGCGAACCUGGAUCUGCUCACGAACCGUCCAGAGCUGUUAAAGCAAAUCUCCGUUCGCAAAGAUCUCACGGAGCAGCAGGUACUGCUACCUAGAUUGAAUGAACUUAAACCGAUGGAUGACCACCCACGGCCAGCGCCAGCUGCUUUGGUUUUCGUGGAGAAAAUGAAAAUCAAAAUAGUACCUGCGUUGUUUCAUUGAAAAGACAAAGAGAGAAGAUAGCAAUAACUGCAUUCUUACGUCUUCACUACUUUUCGUCAUGUUUUUUUUUGGAUACCAUGAGAUGAUCCCCCUAUUAAAUCAACUUCAACUGAAACCGCAGAUUCGGUUCCUGUUCAAGAAGAAACUGAAACUGCUGGAGAAGCUAUCCAAGAAAAAAACAUUGUAGGUGUAACUUUUUUGGAGGGACAGCAUUACAAAUUUGUCUGGCAUGACAGACAGCAAAAACCUGUCAUGCGCAGAUAGAACGCGAAAACGUCCUUUAAUGGACCCUACGAUGCAUGCCAAGCAUGACAAACGCAAUCAUCUUACAUGUUGUGCAUCACAAAUUAUAGUUAUACACUAACAACGUUUUUUUCUUGGAUAGAAGCACUCCGGCGACGAUUUCAUGCAGGACGCGGGGGCGCUGGAUCCGGACGAGGAGGACACUGAGGACUCGGAGGGCGACAACCAGGACGACAGCGACGACGCUGCGCCCCCAGUCGGUCGCUCGACGCGCAAGCGGCCCGCGUCUCCUAGUACACUAAACUCAGCCUCCAAGCGGCCCUUCCGGGAUCCGGCCACCGCGGUUUCCGCCCCAAGUCAACUUUCCGACGAGAGCAACGGUCUCAUGGGAAAGCAGCACGUACUAGUUGCCCACGUCGGCGGAUCGUUCUUGAGCACUUCCGCUGCAUCAGCCGUUGCAGCUUCUGAGGGAAAGGAUAAAAGCAGCAGCAACGUGUUGAAUAAACCGCCCAGCAAUAGUAAAGCUCCUCCGUCCCAGAAGCGAUUUCGAUCGUUUCUGCCGGACUCGAAAUACCACUGGGACGUUAUAACCUGCUCAGGUGUUACAAUCUCAAACGUUACAAUAGAAUCUGAGAUUUGUCUUGCAUGACCAACAUGACAGACUCGGACAGCGUCCCACUAUUUGCAAUACAAAUUUCACCAGAUUGUAGUGCGGAUUGGGACUCCAGAACUUGUCAUGCGCAAUCCUGUGGGAGUAGGGUAGAUCAUGCACUUCUUGCAACACAAAUUCCAGAUUCUAUUGUAACGUUUGAGAUUGUAACACCUGAGCGGGUUAUAGACGUGGUUCUCGUGGAUGAGGCCCACCGUUGCAAGGACCCUAGUGGAAUAUCAAAUGUAAAAAUGUCUGGGUCUGGAAGAAUGCGCGAUUUGUCAUGCAGCUUUUCCAUGACCCAUGAGGUCUGGAAUGCAGGGCCUAGCGUGACAGAUUCUGUGCGAUCUCUCUCAUGCCUAUCCUGCAUGAGAAACCCCUUCCCGACUUGGUCAAAACUCGACGACUUUUGGUAAUCAUGCAGCACAGAUUUUUGCAUGCUUCAGAUCUAGCAUGACAAGUUCCAAUUCUUCCAGACCCAGACAUUUUUACAUUUCAUAUGGAACCCUGUCGCGCAACCUCCGGGCGGUCCAGGCGGUCGCGAAGUUUCUAAUCACCGGCACGCCACUGCAGAACGAGGUGCGCGACCUCUGGAAUCUGCACGACUGCUGCAACCCGGGGAUCCUCGGCAAUCUUCAGUCGUUCACGAAGAAUUUCGCGACGCCGAUUUUAUCAGAGUCGUGCACAAUCCUCGCUUCUUCUUAUUUGUCGUGCAGAAACGCAAGAACUCCAGGCCCAGCUUUUCCUAUUGCCUUGGCUUCUCGUGUCUAUUUGCACUACCCCGCAUGACAAGCUGCGGCACCGAAUAUACACUACUACGCCGGUUUUAUUCCGCACACAUAUUUGUCAUGAAGAAGCUUUAUUUUUGACCCUGUUUUCUCUGUCUUUCUCUUUUGCCAUUCUUCCCAGCAACUGACGGACGAAAAGAGGGCCGCUCUGUGCACUCUCAUAGAUCAACAAGGGCAUGCUGAAGAACGCUGGGGAGCUGGACGUGGAGCUGAAGAACGUGCUAUCGGCGCAGCUGCAAGACCGCACGCGACCCUACUACCUGCACCGCACCAAAAGGCAGGUGAAGACCAUGGGCGAGGUGACCAAGACAGAUGUGGUGCUGUGGCUGCGACCCACAAAAAAACAGGUAAAGUUCUACCAGACCGUGCUGCAGAACGCCAGUUUCAUCCAGGAGGCGCGGGAGAGCGGAAAAAUGGGCACCAUGGUGUUCAAAGCUAUCACAUACUUGAUAUGAACUGCAAAUAUGUCUGGGUCUGGAAGAAUACAAACUUGUGGUGCGCAUUUUAGAACACAGAAAAAUCUUUAAUGCAUAGGCAGCAAAUGUUGCCCACUUUCUGUCACCAAAAUGGGGCAUUUUUCAUGCGGAUUCGGCAUCGCGGAAGCUUCUCGACCCCUGUGUUGCUAGAGCUUCCAUGACAGACCUUCUGUGUCAUGCAAAAACAGCUUGACUCUUCCAGACCCAGACAUUUUUGCAAUCCAUAUUUGAAAAAAUUGAGCAACUCCCUGGUCCUCUGCCACCCGGAUUUCGUCACGGCGGGCAGCUGGGUGGACUACGUGACCGGGCUCACGGAUGACCUGACCGGUCUCGUUAGUACCUCUAUGCAGGAGCCAAUAGGGAUGGACCUGCAGCAGGUGGGCACUACACUGGAAAACAGAACCGCUGGCGCUGUCACAGGACCUCGACCUGCAAAAAUUGCUGCGGAGGUGCAAGCCAAAGAGAGCCGUGCGCUGCCUGCCACAACAUCUUCGGGCACCAACCUUGCUGUGCUUGGUCUUCCAACCGAUGAAAUUACAGCCGAAAAAAGUAUACUAAAGACUGAUCUUCUCGACAGUGCCCACCACGAAGGCGGUCGAACAACUGGAAAGGACAACAUCACACACAAGAACACGUCAAGUAGUGCCAGCAGCUCUACGGCCGCAGCGGUUGCUUUCUCAGCUUUUCAGGACAUGAAUAGUACCGCCUCGAAAAAGAGCGCGAUCGCGGAAGAGUCUGAGUUUUACGACGCAGCAUCCGGCGACGAAACACCCUUGAAAGAGGCGGAAAGCGAAGACGAGUUCAUGUCUAGUCCGGAUGAGGGCGUCGAAAAACUUCUAAAUUACCCGGCGCCGGGGAAAAAACCCGACGUCCCCUCACCCCUUCGGAAGCGCAGUCCGCACAAAUUUGCCGAGGAGCAGCCUGAUGAUCAUGCCGGUAUUGUCGCGCCGAACAAAGCCGCGAUUGGCGGGGCAGCUGGUUCGGCAAGUUCUACUUCCACGACUGGUUUAUUUGGCGGAUCGCGAAACUAUUUUUCCGGCGCCCUCUCUGCCGUGGCAGCAGUAAUCUUGCCGAAAAAAUUGUCCUCUGCAGCUGGCGGCUCACCUCCUGAUGGGGCGGAGGAAUGGGUGGAAGGCAGGGGAGCUGCUGUUUCUGACGCUCGAGCGACCAGCUCCUUUUCAUCGUCAUCCCGAGUCGGUGCUUCAGCGGAGCUUCUGCAAGAGCCGAAACACGACAGCCUGAAACCAAACCAAAUACACACUACUACUGGUGGCCCAUCUACUCAAACUCACGCGAAUGUUGGAGACAUCGAAUCGUUGGAUGUGGCAGCGUCCUCGAGUGGUGGUCCUAGUAGUGCAGCUUCCGGCGCUUGUAAUACUGUUGCAUCUUCAAUCCUGCUGCCAAAAUCGUCACCAAUCACCGACGGGGCCGCCGGUGCGGCGUCUUUGAAAAUAAUGCCCUCCGACCCCGGCGGGAGCCAGCAGAGGCACGACGACGAACUGCCGAAAGCUCAGGGCGAUUCCUCCAACGCAGCUGCGCAGUCGCCCACGCAAAAGCGCCGGUCCUCAUUACUGAAAAAGGAGGAAGUAAGCCUGAUUUCCGGCGCCAUUGAAGACAAGGCCGAGACGCUGAUGCAGCUCCGGGACGACGCGAUCAAGCUCGCUUUCCUGAGCGAGUUUCUGCCCGUGCUGAUCGCGCGCCAGCACAAGAUCUUGUUGUUCUCGAGCUCCACGAAGAUGCUGGAUCUGAUCAUGUGUGUGGUGCUGAAACCGCUGAAAAUCCGCUGUCUCCGCUAUGACCUGCUCAAACGUUACAAUCUCAAACGUUACAAUAGAACUUUGAUUUUGUGUUGCAUGACGAGCAUGACAGACCCGGACAACAUUCCACUUUCUGCAAUACAAAUUUCGCCAGAUUGUAGUGCGGUUUGGGACUCCGGAACUUGAUGUCAUGCGCAAUGCUAUGAGAGUUGGCUACAUAAUGCACCUCUUGCGUCACAGAUACAGAUUUCGACACUCUAUUGUGACGCUUGAGAUUGUAACACCUGAGCAGGUUAUAUCCGCAUCGACGGGUCCACGGAAGUGGAGGACCGCAACCGCAAAGUGCAACGUAUGGCGUUCUCAAACGUUACAUUCUCAAUUGUUACAUGAAUUUGUAAUGCAAGACUAGCACAGGUGAGAGGGAGAGCCUUGCGCGUCUUGCAUUACAGGUUUGGUGCGGAUUACAGUGCUAUUUACCCCUCAGGACAUUUGUCAUGCGAAGCAGCUUGAUCGUCUGGCGGGUCAUGGUCAUUUUGCAUGACAAAUCCAUGCAACAGUUGAGAAUGUAACAGUUGAGAACGCCAUACAACGCUUCCAGAACCUGCAAGGGCGCAAGGCCUUCGACGUCUUUCUGGCGUCCACGCAGGUCGGUGGCGUCGGUCUUACCCUGACCGCCGCGGAUCGUGUUGUGAUUAUCGAUCCGAGCUGGAACCCGAGCACGGACCACCAGGUAAAAACAUAUAAUUAAAAGCACUGAAGAAACGCACUAAGUAUGAAGUAAAUAAGCAUGGGCACGCUGUGGACAGCAACUACAUGUCGAAGUAUUACUGAUGUCAAUGUGCUAACUCGUCGCUCGUGAUCUUGCUUUGGCCCGUCUAAAAGCAAAGCGUUAAGGUUAGUUUACUUUGCUAUGCAGCUUAUUGUUGUAUUUCUCUUAAAAGCAAAGCGUUUAAGUCUGCAGGUUGCGCAAAGGAAUCAAUCACAUGCCCGAAAAUUGUGUUGCGUGGCAGCUAGUUGUGCCACGACCUAAUUACUUGAUAUAUUAAAAACGUGAAGUACGUGCGUGUAGUGUCUCGAACUACAAGGAUGAAGAUGUUUUUCUCAUGCUGAAAACCCUGCUCACGUUCACCGUUCAAGUUUUUUCCAGAAUCGACAUUGCAGGCCAUCGACCGUGCAUUCCGCGUCGGGCAAACGCGCAACGUGGUCGCCUACCGCUUGAUCGCCACGGGAUUGAUCGAGGAAAAAAUGUUUCGGUACCAAGUGUUCAAACAGGGCCUUGCGAAGAGCUGCCUCGUUGCCGCCGGCGCGGACCACCACGAGCGAGAAGACGUCGUCUCGGCGACAUCCACCGACCUCGUUGCCGCUCGUGGUCAUCUUGACGGGAAAAUAAACGCAAGCAGUAGUUUCGGGGAAAAAAAUAACCCGACUUCUUCUUCGUCGUGUUCUGCUGAAGAUACUUCUGGGGAGAGUAUCGUAAGGAAUACAGCCACGACAACUGUCACGAUUGAGGCCCAGACGCUAUCAAGUGUAAAAAUGUCUGGGUCUGGAAGAAUGCAAGUUUGUCAUGCUUGUCUCACAUGACUCUUGCAUUUGUCGUGCGCAUUACUCAAGACCCCCAUUUUUCUGUCAUGCAGAAACGUUCUUGUCAUGCAGAUUAGGCAACACCAAGAAGCUCAGAAACUUGUCAUGCUGAGCCAGCACUUGUGGCCUCCUCAUGAUACGCCGCCCAGCAUCACAAGUUUCCAGACCCAGACACUUUUGCAUUCGAUAGACGCGGUAUUUCACCAACAAGGACAUUCACGACCUUUUCGAGUUCCUCGAGCCGUAUUCCCUGCCAAUUUACCAUGCAGCCCAACAUCUUCCGAAUUGUCAUGCAAAACGUGACGUAAAGUCGUGUCGAGUUUAUUUGUCAUGCGAAAAAUGGAUGGGGAAAGAUGGUUGAUUUUCAGCGGAUAAGGCGGAGCAGCUGGACACUUGCAACCGGUUGGAGGAGGAGCACGGCCGCCCCGACGCUGCCUGGGAAGCGUGGCUGCGAGACAGCGAAGACUUGCAACAUUUUUCCACGACACAGCCACAAGGAUUUUUGAAACCUGUCGAUGACGACGACGAGGAUGAAGUAGAAGAACAAGCAUCUGCCCCGGCAGCAAAGCGGCGCAAGAAGGAAAACCGAGUCGAGGGCGCUGAUCCACCUCAUAGUACUGAAGUUGGCGUGAAAGGACCGGCUGCGGAGAAAGGCACUGGUGCCCGAGUCGCUGCGUUACAGCACAUGGUGUUGGGCUUAAGUGACUACAACUGUUUGUUCGGACACCGGGGCGGCAAAACCAAGAUCACGUUCAACCAGGAGGAGCAUGAGAAUCUAUUCCUCGAUAAUGCUGACCAACUAUCUGCUGUGCCGUCUGGCUCUGGACCGGCCGGGGCGAGUGGACCGGAUGCUACAACUCCUGGUGACGGGAUUACUAUGGACCAACACCGCAAAGUGUCCAAGUUGUCGUCCUCCGCGGGAGGCGCCAGUGAAAAGCAGCAAGACCCAGAUACGCAGAUGAAGAAGGACCUGGACCAGAGCCUCCAGGGGCUACCGAUCGCGGAGCAGAAGCGCCUUCUGAAGAAGGAGGUGACCCUACCCUGUGCAAAAAAGUUGUACCCGUUCUUACCCACCACAUUUUAACUGAUCAAGAGGGGAAAUCAAUAGCAUGUUGUACAAACUCGAAUCCUCCUGCGCAUUUUUGAAUUCGUGGUUCGCACCAACAUCGGCCACUUCAGUACGCCACUUGUUUUUUCUUGCUGUCGCUUUGAUUUCAGCAUUCCAACGAGCUCCCAUACAAGACUCGAGGGUUAUUGAUAGAUACCUCUCACGGGGACGAGUCGUGUCCGCGUGCGAACGCUCGGCACUCCCAAAUUUGCAUACUACUUCACCCGCUGGAGCCCUCCUCCUCAGGGUCAGGGUGCAGGCAUCUGCAUGAAAACACAAUUUAGUUUUACAAUCGCAAUACCAAUUCCAAUUCUUAUAAAAUAUAUCGCAUGACAACUGGUGGGGCGGGAACGCGUAUGUGUUUGAACAGAAUAGACCGAACUGUCUCGGAAGGUGAUGGAGUGCUCGCUGAAGCGGCAGAAGGCGGAGAACGACCGGAAGGAUGCGUGUGCCGCGGUGGCCGCAGCGGAACAAACAUUGAAGGACAAGAUCGAGGCGAAACGGACGAAGAAAGCGGCGGAGAAGGGUGCCAAGCAGGAGUGGCUUGCCGAGAAGCAGGCCCUGGAGGACGUCGAGCGCGCCAGGCGGCUGGCCGAGCGGUCACUGCAGGCCGCCGAAAAGGCCGAAAAAGGGCUGCAGCAGGAACGGGACGCCGCCGUGAAGAAGCACCAAGACGCGGAGACACGGCAGCAGACCGCUAAACUAUCAUAGCGAAAAAAGCCCCCACCCCAUAUCGGAAACGGAAGACGCGCGAAUUUGUGAUGCUGUAUCUGAGUACACAAAUCGACUUGUAUUGCUAGCAGGCCAAGAGACGAAGCUGCGGCAUGAAUUGCAGGUAAUCUGUCAUGCUGUUUCCCACUUCCAGUUGCCUCCUGCCAUCCUGGAGCUGCAAGGCUCUCCCACGCUAGGCAGCACUACAGUCCGUAUCUUUUGCCUUCUAGCAUCACAAAGCUAGUUUGUGACCACAAAUCUGCAUCACAGAUUUCCGUUUUGAUAUGCUGGGGAGGGGGCAUUUUUCAUUGUAAUAGAAACUCGAGUGCGACCAGGCGGAGCAGCGCAUGAUAUCCUGUGCAAAAGUAUCGCACUCGUAGUAAUUGCUGUUAUGCAUUACAAAUCUUGUUCCCAAGGCAAAUCUCCAUUACAAAUUUCAUUUCUCAUGCUGAGGAAAGUUGUAUAUGCAUUUAUACGAGCACGAUGCUUUGUUUUGCAUUUCAUACAUGAAGGAAUUCGACCACCUGCUGACGGAUGCCGAGAAACAGGCCUUGGACGAUUGCGAAACCAAGCAGGUGGAGUUCGAGUUCGUGGACCACGCCGCGGGCGAUCGGCAGACGAAGCGCACCCAGCUGGACCGGGCGAUCGAGCGCACCCGGGCCGCGCUCACCUCGUCCAAGGCCUCCGUGCGCUCCUUCGAGAAGAUGUCCCGGCUCCAGAUGCAGUGGCACGAGACGCGGUGGAAGACCCAAGAACUGCAACUGCGGGCCCGCGACGCAGAGCACGCGGUUGGAGAGUUUCAGGAAGUCCAGACCGCGACCGCGGAACUUGCUAUCGACUGCAAAUGUUUGUCUGGGUCUGGAACAAAGGUGUAGUGCUGAACGAGACUCGAAUAGCUUCGCCCGCUCGGUGUGACAUCGCAAGCUUGCGCUAGAAGGAGCAUUUUUCACAAAGUUCGCCCCUCGCUGCGGAGCGCGCACGUUUUGCGUAUCACCUGGGAACAACACUGCUGCGUCUCGCGCCGCAUCCCCCCGCGGCCUAGUGGAUGCAUUUUCAAAGCAUGUCGAGCCGGAAACGCGGCUAGAGACGCCUUCGCAGUGCGUUUCUGGUUGGAAAUCUAGCAAGCGACGCCGUCUCAGUGCGUUUCUAGCUGGAAACCCACCUAGCGACGCCGUCUCAGGGCGUUGCGAGCUAGAAAGCCAGCUAGCGACGCCGCCCCGGUGUGUGUCCAGCAGGGAAUCCAGCUAGCAAUGCCGUCUCAGCGCCUUUCUAGCUGAAAGGAAACACAGCCGGAAAGGCAGCGGCAGCGUGUUUCCGGCUAGAGAUCCAGGCGGAAAGGCAUCGCCAGCGCGUUCCCAGAACGAAAUCCAGCGGGAGAGGCAUCGCCAAAGCGCCCCCGGCUGGAAGAAAUUCAGCCGGCCGCGUCUUUGCAGAGUAUUUCUAGCGUGAAAUGGAGCCGGGGACGCCUUUUCAGAGCAUUCCUAGCGGGAAACCCAGACGGCGGCGCGUUUUUUUCUAGCCGGGAGGAAAUCCAGCAGGGAGGCAGUGCAUUACUUAAAGAGGCACCCGCAAGCAACGCGCCUCCAGCUGGAAACCCUUCGAGGGCGCCUCUUCGAAGAGUAUCCAGCUGGAGACGCCGCGGCAAUGGAAAUCCAGCUUGCUGGAAACGCCUUUUCGAGGGAAAUCCAGAUGGAAACGCAUCGAGAAGGCUUUUUCAGCGCUUUUCCGCCCGACCUUUUCAAAGUGUUGGCAGCUGGAUUUCUAGUAGAAGACGGUUUUCGAUUUCUAGCUUGGAAUCCAGCUGUGGGGAACACUUUGAAAAGGCAUCCGCGGCGCAUUGUUAGCUGGGAUUCCAGGUCAAGGCGCCCCAAGGUGUUGCCAGGUGGAUAGAUUUGCGGGCGAAGAUGCCUCGGGGCAUUUCCAGCUGUCAAGAAUCGCGAGGCAGCUGAUUUCUCUUCGAUUUUCCGGGGUUUCUUCCCGCGUUAGCAAAACUCUUCUGGCUACCCGGGGAAAGGUUUGCCUAGAAGGAUAGUGGGUAGGUAUUGGGAAGCCAUCGGGAAGGGGUGGCAGAGCUGAAGCUCUUCUCGGGUUGUUGUGCUUAGCACGGCUCUUCAGGCUACCCGAGGCAAGGAUCUUCUAGUAGGGUCGCGGGAGGGUGUUCAUUGGGAUAGUGGAAACGUAUUGGGAAUUUGUUUUUUUUUUCCCGAGUUGCUGUGUUUAGCACAGCUAUUCUGGCUACCCGGGGCAUGGGUUUUCUAUCUAGUAGAAUGCUGGGAAGGUAUUGAUGGAGGCACCCAUCUGCGCCAUCGUUGCACGCCUUCCAGGUGCAGCGUCCGUGGCUGCGGUUGCCGCCUUCCGUCUCCGUCGGCUGCCCGCGAUGUCUCCGUGCGCGCGAUCAGCCAAGGUUUUUUUUCCUUAGGGAUUUCAGUAAGAAAGUGACACGCGAUCGCGCGGAUCCGAGUGACCCCCUACGUCACUCCCCCCGCCCUUUCGAUGUGAUGACAUUGCGCCCCGAUCUGUAUGAAUGGUUUGAAGAUCUAAGAUGAUAAGAGCUAAGAUUAUGACUUUUAAGAUGAGGACUCACAUGCGGGGGGCCCUCGCCCCCCCCCGCGCCCCCCCGCCCCUUCGAUAUGAUGACGCUGGGCCCCAAUCUGUGUGAGUAGUUUUUAUUUUUGAGAUGAAGACUUACAUGCGGGGGGCCCUCGCCCCCCCCCGCGCCCCCCCCGCCCUUUCGAUAUGAUGAUACUACGCCCCAAUCCGUAUGAAUAGUUUGUAUCUUUGAGCCGAAGACUUAAAUGCGGGGGGCCCUCGCGCCCCCCCCGCCCUUUCGAUGUGAUGAUAUAUAUUGCGCCCCAAUCUGUAUGAAAAAUUUUGAGAUCUAAGAUUAUAACUUCAAGAUCUAAGAUCAUGACUUUUGACAUUGCGCCCCGAUCUGUAUGAAUGGUUUUAAGAUCUAAGAUGAUAAGAGCUAAGAUUAUGACUUUUGAGAUGAAGACUCACNCCCCCCCCCGCGCCCCCCCCCGCCCUUUCGAUAUGAUGAUACUGCGCCCCAAUCUGUAUGAAAAAUUUUUAGAUCUAAGAUUAUAGCUUUAAGAUCUAAGAUCAUGACUUUUGAGACGCUUGAUCAUUGAUUUACUAUGUGAUCUAAGAUUUAGAUUAAGACUCACUAAGAUUCAGAUUUAAGAUUGAGACUGAGAUUGUGACUUAAGAUUGCGAUUUAAGAUUGAGCGAUGAAAUUGUAAAUGAUUCUGAGAUAGAUUUAAGAUUUCUUAAGAUUUGAGAUUGAGAUAAGAUUUGAUAAUAAGAUUGGAGAUUCGAAUAAGAGCUAAGAUUUAAGAUUCAGAUUGAGAUCGAGAUUGAGACUUGAUACGAAAUUGAAUUAUUCAAUUUGAAUUAUUCAUGAAGUUGAGUUAUUCAAUUUGAAUUAUUCACGAAGUUGAGUUAUUCAAUUUGAAUUAUUCAGGAAAUUGAAUUAUUCGUGAGUCUUGCGAUGAAAUUGUAGAUAUGACUAUCAAUGGCCAUACUGAUUGAGCGCGCCUUUUUUAGAUCGUGUAGUGAAGCACAAACUGCACAGGAAGAAGGUCGUCGUGUGGCCGCGCUUUUGCUGCUUACGCUCUAGCGUGCGAGACACGCUGCAAAAAUACAAGUGGCUCUGCAACCUUUCGAACAAACGCAGAUAUAUUUGCAAUGCAUACGGGCAGAGAAGCGGCAAACGGUCCGGGCGCAGGAGGCAAAGAUCGAGGAGAAGAAGAAGCAGUACGACGAGGCGGUGGCGGCAGUUGCGGAUGCGGAGCGGGAGGAGGAAACCGCGAAGACGGAUGUGGCUGCGAAAAAGCAGCGCGCUAAGGACAUGCAGACCUAUCAAAUGUAAAAAUGUCUCGGUCUGGAAGAAUGCAUGUUUGUCAUGCUUGUCUGGCAUGACUCUUAAAUCUGUCAUGCACGUUACCCAAGAGCCCCAUUUUUCUGUGAUGCAGAGACGCAGUUUGUCAUGCAGAAUUGGCAACACCGAGAAGCUCAGAAACUUGUCAUGCUGAGCCAGCACUUGUGGACUCAUCAUGAGACGCCAACCAGCAUCACAAGUUUCCAGACCCAGACACUUUUACAUUUGAUAAGACCGACAUCCGAACCAGUCGCGACGAAGAGAAGAAGAUGACUCGCGAGUCGGAGCUCAAGCAGGCGGCAUUCGCCAAGUUGGAGCGGAAAUUCCAAAUCUUCGAGGAAAAAACCAAGAACGGACUCCGGGAAAUGGAAACCGAGGGCUACGACGAAGAACAGAUUGCAAAACUCGCGAAGAACAAGCAAGACUGAGCCCUGCGCCGCGUCGUGACUGAGGAUCUGCGACCUGCGACCCUUCAACAGGGACCACACACAUGCGUAAGUAGUGGCAAAGUUUUCAUCGUGCCUGGUGAUCGUUGAACUUCUUUUGAUGUCUGGUAGUAUACUACCCAUAGUACCGUAGAAGUAGAUGAUUACUAUUACUUGCUGACCCUGCCCGCCAGAUAAUUGGGUAAGAACGCGAUAAAAGUUCUAUCGCUGCGCUGCAACUAUCCAGAGUGAGAACUAGAGUUGUACGGUCACGCACAACAACUUCGCGCUGUCGUAUGGAAGAUCCUCAUUUGCUGAACUUUUCAUCUGAGCUUCGACGUCAUGACAGUGUCGAUUCACCAUGUGUCGCACGGCCUCGACCAGCGUUGGGAUGUAGUUGAAGAAUGUUCCUUCAGGAUAGAAGAAAUGUCAUUCAACGCACGGCUGUUCCUGCUGAUUUUACUGUUCUACUGUCUAUUCUAGUGCACCAGCUUUUCCCCCAGCCCCACGAGGAUUAUGCAAUUAUAUAGGGGCGCAAAUACUACAUACAUGUUCCCGUCUCUUGGCAGACAGGAGCAAUGUUGACCCAGCGAAGAAGCCCUCAUAGAAUGCUUGAAUGAUCAACUCGUCCUGCUCGGCUAUUCUUAAGGUACAUGUAUUCGAUUUUGAAACUACUACGCCAGAUUUUUUUGCGAAUCAGUGCUUGGAGUUUGAAAGUGGAAGAUUUUGGAACUACACAGACUUUGAGUGGAUCCGCGGUAAAUAUAGCCUUACACCACGAUCGCGAUAGAUCAAGAAAGCUGAACUGUAUUUGCAGUCAGGAAAAUAAACCUCAUUGACCCUUAUUCACAGCCUAUAGCCCCAAGCAAACGAAAAGCGCACGCGUUUGGCUUGGUUAGGAGGCUCG